AUGUCGUCCUCGACGAGCAACGAAGGCUCGCACCUUACAGUUUUGGUCAAGGAGGAUGAGGAUGAGGAGGAUGUCAAUCCUUUCGCGGAUCCCUCCCUCACGGCCGCGAGCGUGCACGACGUCGUCCCCAAGGGAGCUUCCUCCGGGGAGAUACCGAGGCCGAGGCUGGAAGAAAAGCCGAGGGACCCCUACGCGCCGCCGGACAAUCUCUCCGGGUUGUUUGGCUUCGGCGGCGGCCACGUCGCGGCGUCGUUCUCGUCCCAUUACCGCGUCGAAGAUGAAACCGGAAUGCUCGGCGAGGGCACGAUCGACGAUGAGGCCUUAGCCAGGAAGGCUCGAGAACUGGACAAAAAGGAGGCUGAGCUUCGCGUGAGAGAGGAUGCGUAUGAUGAGAUUUCCGCCACACUGGAGAAAAGGCCCAACUGGCCAUCCUGCCGCCCUGUGCUCUAUCAUGACAUUCGAGCCGAGGUGGCCGAAGAGAAUCGGGGUAUGGUGACCGCAGCGUACAUGACAUGGAUGCUCGCGAGCUUCGGAUACUGCCUCAAUUUUUUAGUCAUCACCCUAAACUUUACCAUCGGCGGGUCGGGCAUCGGGGACUGGUUUUUCGCUUGCCUCUUCGCCGCCGCGGGAGUUCCGAUAUCGUUUCAGACGUGGUAUCGGGUUCUGUACAACGCGGGAAAGAGAACACGACACAACAUGUUCACGUCCGCGCAAUACAUUCGAUUCUUCGUCCACUUUUUUUUUCAUUUUUUGAUGGUGGUCUGGAUGCUAGCGUCUAUACCCGUGGUUGGAACCAUGUGCGCCGGGGUUAUAACGACGAUGCUCAUAUUUUCGAACGCGGAUGGGGCCUGGGACGAGUUUGUCGGUUUCCUCUCCUUCCUGAACGUCCUCGUCUGGGCCGCCGUCGGAUUCUCGAGUCUGUACGUGGGAGGUCGAGCGAUGACCCGGUUCCGCACGGGAGGGGGCCCGGCGGACGUUCGACGCGGGGUUCAAUUCUCGGGCGCACUCAUUCGCUGA